AUGACUGACUCAAAAUACUUCACCACUACCAAGAAAGGGGAGAUCUUCGAGCUGAAGGCAGAGCUCAAUAGUGACAAGAAGGAGAAGAAGAAAGAGGCGGUGAAGAAAGUGAUUGCGUCAAUGACUGUGGGCAAAGAUGUCAGUGCCCUCUUCCCCGACGUGGUGAACUGUAUGCAGACGGACAACCUGGAGCUGAAGAAGCUGGUGUACCUGUACUUGAUGAACUACGCCAAGAGUCAGCCCGACAUGGCCAUUAUGGCCGUCAACACCUUUGUGAAGGACUGUGAGGACCCCAAUCCUCUGAUCCGAGCCCUGGCUGUGCGGACCAUGGGCUGCAUCCGCGUUGACAAGAUCACAGAAUACCUGUGCGAGCCCCUCCGGAAAUGCCUGAAGGAUGAGGAUCCCUACGUGCGCAAGACGGCAGCUGUGUGCGUGGCCAAGCUUCACGAUAUUAACGCCCAGCUGGUGGAGGACCAGGGCUUCCUGGACACCCUGAAAGACCUCAUCUCUGACUCGAACCCCAUGGUGGUCGCAAAUGCCGUGGCUGCCCUCUCAGAGAUUGCCGAGUCUCACCCCAGCAGCAACUUGCUCGACUUGAACCCACAAUCCAUUAACAAGCUGCUGACCGCCCUGAACGAGUGCACCGAGUGGGGCCAGAUCUUCAUCCUGGACUGCCUGGCCAACUACAUGCCCAAGGACGACCGCGAGGCCCAGAGCAUCUGUGAGCGGGUCACCCCCAGACUGUCCCACGCCAACUCUGCUGUGGUGCUGUCUGCCGUGAAGGUACUAAUGAAGUUCAUGGAGAUGUUGUCCAAGGACCUGGACUACUACGGCACGCUGCUCAAGAAGCUGGCCCCGCCCCUGGUCACACUGCUGUCGGCCGAGCCGGAGCUACAGUACGUGGCCUUGCGCAACAUCAACCUCAUCGUGCAGAAAAGGCCUGAGAUCCUGAAACACGAGAUGAAGGUCUUCUUUGUGAAGUACAAUGACCCCAUCUACGUGAAGCUGGAGAAGCUGGACAUCAUGAUCCGCCUGGCCUCCCAGGCCAACAUCGCCCAGGUGUUGGCAGAGCUGAAGGAGUAUGCAACAGAAGUAGAUGUGGACUUUGUACGGAAGGCUGUGCGAGCCAUUGGCCGGUGCGCCAUCAAGGUGGAGCAAUCAGCGGAGCGCUGUGUAAGCACACUGCUUGAUCUCAUCCAGACCAAGGUCAACUACGUGGUCCAGGAAGCCAUCGUGGUCAUCAAAGACAUCUUCCGCAAGUACCCCAACAAGUACGAGAGCGUGAUUGCCACAUUGUGCGAGAACCUAGACUCCCUGGAUGAGCCUGAGGCCCGGGCUGCCAUGAUCUGGAUUGUGGGCGAGUACGCAGAGCGCAUCGACAACGCCGAUGAACUACUGGAAAGCUUCCUCGAGGGCUUCCAUGAUGAGAGCACCCAGGUCCAGCUGCAACUCUUGACAGCCAUUGUGAAACUCUUUCUGAAGAAGCCCACGGAGACCCAGGAGCUCGUGCAGCAAGUCCUCAGUCUGGCCACUCAGGACUCUGAUAACCCAGAUCUGCGGGACCGUGGCUACAUCUACUGGCGCUUGCUCUCCACCGACCCAGUGGCUGCCAAGGAGGUGGUGCUGGCCGAGAAGCCGCUCAUCUCGGAAGAGACGGACCUCAUCGAGCCCACACUGCUGGACGAGCUCAUCUGCUACAUCGGCACGCUGGCCUCUGUCUACCACAAGCCACCCAGCGCCUUUGUGGAGGGAGGCCGGGGCGUCGUGCACAAGAGCCUACCACCCCGCACCGCCUCGAGCGAGAGCACAGAGAGCCCUGAGGCGGCCCCCACCGGAGCCCCCUCUGCUGAGCAGCCAGACGUCAUCCCCCCUCAGGGCGACCUUCUGGGAGACCUCCUCAACCUGGACCUUGGCCCCCCGGUGAGCGGCCCGCCCCUGGCCACCUCCUCAGUGCAGAUGGGAGCAGUGGACCUUCUUGGCGGAGGCCUCGACAGCUUGAUGGGGGAUGAGUCGGAAGGGGUCUGGCUCCCAGCCAUGAAGGCCAAGGGGCUGGAGAUCUCGGGUACCUUCACCCGCCAGGUGGGCUCCAUCUCCAUGGACCUCCAGCUGACUAACAAGGCCCUGCAGGUCAUGACAGACUUUGCCAUCCAGUUCAACCGCAACAGCUUUGGCCUGGCCCCCGCUGCCCCACUCCAGGUCCAUGCGCCGCUCAGCCCCAACCAGACUGUGGAGAUCUCCCUGCCUCUAAACACCGUGGGCUCAGUCAUGAAGAUGGAGCCACUCAACAACCUCCAGGUGGCUGUGAAGAACAAUAUUGAUGUCUUCUACUUCAGCACGUUGUAUCCACUGCACAUCCUCUUUGUAGAAGAUGGGAAGAUGGACCGGCAGAUGUUCCUGGCCACGUGGAAGGACAUUGCCAAUGAGAACGAAGCCCAGUUCCAGAUCAGAGACUGCCCCCUCAACGCAGAGGCCGUGAGCAGCAAACUGCAGAGCAGCAACAUCUUCACUGUUGCCAGGAGGAACGUGGAGGGACAGGACAUGCUGUACCAGUCCCUGAAACUGACCAAUGGCAUCUGGGUGCUGGCUGAGCUGCGGAUCCAGCCAGGCAAUCCCAGCCUCACGGAUUUGGAGCUGUCCCUGAAGUGCCGAGCACCAGAGGUGUCCCAGCACGUGCACCAGGCCUACGAGACCAUUCUCAAGAACUGA